UCAAAGCAGUCGACUGAUUCUUAUUAAUUUACUGUUUCAUUUAAACCACUAGCAUAUAAGAAACAAAACAACAAUUUUUAUGUAAAUUAAACAUCAAAUGUAAUUUUAAUAGUGUCCGAAUAUUGUAGAAGAUUAAAAAAGUAAUAAACAUCAGUAACAAAAAAAAAAAAGCAAAAGAGAUGGAGGGAUUUUCCAACACACAAUAUCAAAAUGGCCACCCCCAUUGACAGAAGAGAUAAAGUUUUGAUUAAAAGACUGGAUCAAUGCUGACGUGCAUUUUAUAGACAGUUCUUGGUUUGGUCAAUGUUUUUCACUUAUGUUUACUCAUUGUUGAAUUUCCACAAUAAGCCAUGCUGUUCGGUCAAGUGGUGAUUGGUCCUCCCGGGUCUGGGAAGACCACAUACUGUGCUGGAAUGUCGGACUUUCUGACUGGUCUGGGCCGCGAUGUUGCCGUGGUGAAUCUAGACCCAGCCAAUGACAACCUUCCAUACAAAUGUGCCGUGGACAUAUCGGACCUGAUCACCUUAUCGGACGUGAUGGACAACCUCAAACUGGGGCCGAACGGGGGACUCAUCUACUGCAUGGAGUACCUGGAGAAGAACUUGGACUGGCUGCAGGCCCAGCUGGAGAAGGUGAAGGACAAGUACCUGCUGUUUGACUUCCCGGGCCAAGUGGAGCUGUACACCCACCAUGGCUCCGUGAAGACAAUGCUGCAGCAGUUGGUCAGGUGGGACCACCGCCUGGUGGCCGUGCAUCUUGUCGACUCGCACUACUGCAACGACCCUGGCAAGUUCAUCUCAGUCCUCCUCACGUCGCUGUUGACGAUGCUGCAGAUAGAACUGCCUCACGUGAACGUCCUGUCGAAAGCCGACCUGAUAGAGAAGUACGGGAAGCUGGCAUUCAACCUUGACUUUUAUACGGAGGUUCUCGACCUGAGUUACAUCCUCGACCAGCUUCAGGAUGAUAAAUUUUUGCAGAAAUACAAAAAACUUAACGAGGCCCUCAUUGGGAUUAUUGAAAAUUACAGCUUGGUUUCUUUUGUUGCCCUCAACAUACAGGACAAGGAGAGUGUUUUGCGUGUAACACGUGUGAUUGACAAAGCCAACGGUUUUAUUUUCGGCGACAGCGAGGAGCGAAACAUUCAGGCGAUGUUGUCUUGUGCAAUGGGUGCAGAGUUCGAGUACGAGAAGAUAAAAGACAUCCGUGAAAAGUACAUGGACACUGAUACAGACAUGAAUGUGGGUGAUGUUGAUGACAAACAGCCAGGGACUUGACACCAAGUCUUUCAAUGGGACUGAAAUAGAUCUAAUUCUUAAUGCCACUCCAUUGUGUAUGGACACUGACAUGAAUGUAGGUGACAUCGAUGACAAACAGCCAGGGACUUGACACCAAGUCUUUCAGUCUGACUGAAAUAGAUCUAAUUCUUAAUGCCACUCCAGUUUUUUAUUUUUUAUUUAUUUAGUUUUUUAUUGUCCCCAGCUCAUUUUGACAUGCCAGGGUUGGGGUGCCCUGAUUCAUCGCCUCACAGAAUAUGAAUUAGAUUAUACAUGCUAAAUACUGGAAGUACAUACACUUUGUGGUAGUAUGCUGAUUAUAGUAAUAGUAAUACUUAUACAAAUAAUGUACAUGGUGAUAUAUUUAAUAUUAAUGCAUAUGUACAUGUAGAUAGUAGUAUUAUAAAUGACUAGUUACAGUAAUAGAAAUAUAUUUAAAUAGGCUGGUUGAUGUAAUGGGGACAUAAAAUAAAUAUAUAAGUUUAGAAAGAAAGUGUUUAAAAAGUAGGUAAUUAUAGUGAUAAGUAAUAAUGUCAAAAUUCACGUCAAGCGCUCGCUUGAUAAUUGUUUCUAUUAUCUUCCAUCAAAUUACUUUCUUGACAGAAGAGUCAUUUCCAUGGUGCCCAGAUUGAAUUAUACUCUUCAUAUUUACAGUUUUUAAAAAGAAUAUAUUUUUCUAUUUUGUAUUUAUUUUGUAAAAUGUUUUGAGCAGCUAUUAUAUUUUUUUCUUUUUUCUUCCAUUUUUGUCUUGUAUAUAUAAUAUUUAAUGUUUAUUAACAGCCAGUUUAUAAAUAUGUCUUUUAUAUCGCCUAUUUGUCCAAAUAAAAUAAUUGUUUUAUUUAAUUUUAUUCGAAUUCCUUUUUUGUUUAAAAUCCAAUUUACAACAGCAUGCCACAGAUCAGUCACUUUAUUACAAUAGUAAAAUAAAUGUGUUAAUGUUUCUGGUGAACUGCCACAGAACGUACAUUCAUUAGUAUCUAUGUAUUUAAUUUUAUGUAAAAAAAAGUAUUAGUUGUUAGUAUCUGGUGUAUAAUUCUGUAUUGAAACCAUAUCAAAGUUUUUAUCUCUGAGACUUAUAAAAGGCACUCUAUAAUAGUUUCCCCAUUCUUUUGAGUCAAAAGCAAAACCUUGGUUUCUACAUCUUAUUUGUGAUGCUGGUGUAAUAAUUUUGUGAUUUAAUAGUUUAUACAUGUCUUUAAUACCUGUUUGACUUUUAAGAAUAAUAUUAAAUUUUACCGGAAAUACAGGAUUAGUUAGCAAUGUAAAGUGGCCAUUUCUAACGUCUGCUUUAUUUAUAAAUGCCUUAAUGCUGUUUUAUAAGCGAUGAAUAUUCUAAAAAGUGUGAAUUUAUGUUAUAUAUAUUUUUUAAUUUCUCAAAUGUAAAGAAGUGCCACUCCAGUUUGUAAGUCUCUGUUAGUAGAUCCAACCACCGGCCUUGGACAUAAUGCUGGUAGGUACCGGAUUCGCAGCCCGGUACCGGCUCCCAUGGGUAGGUGUAAGACCACUAUACCCUCUUCUUUCUCAGUAACCGCUAACAACUAACCCUCUGUCCUGGACAGACAGCCCAGAUAGCUGAGGUGUGUGUCCAGGACAGCAUGCUUGAACGAAAAUAAGUCGAAAUGAAUUAAUGUAGAUCCAACCAAAACCACGGCUGCGUUCAAAAAGACGAUGCAGAAAAACAUGUUUGCUAGACUGGUUGAGGUGCUUCACAUUAAAACUGAAAAAGUUUGUUUUAUUUAACGACACCACUAGAGCACAUUGAUUAACUAAUCAUCGGCUAUUGGAUGUAAAAAAUUUGGUAAUUCUGACACGUCAUCAAAGGAAACCCGUUAUAUUUGUUUUU